CCACCAUUGUAAAUGGACGUUUCCGCAGCUGUUCCGACUCCGAAGUAACAACUUUAACAUGUGAGGUGUCGAAAAGCAGUGUAACGGACAAGGAAAACUUCGCAAGUACCUGCCCAAAAGGCAAGCCAAUCUGCACGCCUUAAACCUGACGGAGAUAUCGAUUUAAGAGGGCCACGUGGGGAAGUGUUAACAACAACAACGAUCAGCAUGCCCCUGAAACCCGCCACUCUCCAUCUAGAAGAUGGCACUGAGUUCACUGGGAUGUCAUUUGGGGCGGAGAUAAGUGCCCCCGGUGAAGUGGUUUUUCAGACCGGAAUGGUUGGUUACACAGAAUCCCUGACAGAUCCGUCUUACAGUUCUCAGAUUCUAGUUUUGACAUACCCACUGAUUGGGAACUAUGGCAUUCCAGCUGUUGAGGUUGACAAGUUUGGCUUGGAAACUUGGUUUGAGUCUAAGAAAAUCCAUGUGGCAGCCUUAAUUGUUGGAGAUAUUGCUGAAAAGUACAGUCACUGGAGUGCAGUAAAGUCAUUAUCCAGUUGGUUGAAAGAAAACAACAUUCCAGCAAUAUAUGACAUUGAUACAAGAGCACUGACCAAGAAAAUCCGAGAGAAAGGCACCAUGCUGGGCAAGGUUGUCAUGUCUGGUGUGGACCCUUUCUCACUGCCACUCGAGGACCCAAACAAGACAAACCUUGUUGCUUCAGUGUCCUCAGAGAGUCCAGUUACCUACAACAGCGGACAGGAAGUGACAAUUGUUGCAGUGGAUUGUGGGAUUAAGGUUAAUCAGAUUCGCCUACUCUGUGAAAAGGGUGCCACAGUAAAGGUUGUUCCCUGGAAUUACACUCUCAACCCCAAAGAGUUUGAUGGGUUAUUUCUUAGCAAUGGCCCUGGAGAUCCUGAGAUGUGCCCAGAAACAAUUUCAAACAUCAGUCGAGUUUUGAGUGAUGAUGAUUGCAAGCCUGUGUUUGGGAUUUGUUUAGGACAUCAGCUUCUCUCACUAGCCAUUGGAGGCAAGACAUUUAAAAUGAAGUAUGGAAACCGUGGUCACAACCAGCCAUGUAUUCACCAUGAUACAGAGAGGUGUUACAUCACAACACAGAAUCAUGGCUUUGCAGUUGACCCAGAGACGCUGCCCUCUGAGUGGAUCCCUCUUUUCACCAAUGCGAACGAUAACACUAAUGAGGGGAUUGUUAACAAGACUAAGCCCAUAUUCAGCACCCAGUUUCAUCCUGAACACAUGGCAGGCCCACAGGACUUAGAGUGUUUGUUUGAUGUCUUUCUUGAUCAAGUCCGAGACCACAAGAAGGGAAACAAAAGUGUGACAGUUCGCGAGAGGCUGAGAGCAAAGCUAGAGUACAAACCUGCCGCAAGCGCUGUGCCUGCCGAAAGAGUGACGCCUAAGAAGGUUCUGAUACUGGGCUCUGGAGGGCUGUCCAUUGGGCAAGCUGGAGAGUUUGACUAUUCUGGAUCACAGGCAUUGAAAGCACUUAAGGAGGAAGGAAUUCAGACAGUCCUGAUCAAUCCAAAUAUUGCGACUGUUCAGACGUCAAAAGGGAUGGCAGAUAAAGUCUACUUUCUGCCUAUAACUACAGACUAUGUCAUUCAGGUUAUUAAAAGUGAGCGUCCCAAUGGAAUACUGCUGACAUUUGGAGGGCAGACAGCACUGAAUUGUGGUGUUGAGUUGACCAAGUUGGGAAUCCUAGAGAAAUACCAAAUAAAGGUGUUAGGAACUCAAGUCAAAUCAAUUGAAUGGACAGAGGAUCGGAAAAUAUUUUCAGAGAAGAUGGCAGAAAUAGGAGAAAAUGUAGCACCCAGUGAAGCUGUGUACUCCAUUGAACAAGCAAUUGUGGCUGCAGAGAAGAUUGGUUACCCAGUCUUGAUACGGGCAGCAUUCGCUCUUGGAGGGUUGGGGUCUGGAUUUGCUGACAAUAAGGAUCAGCUUGUUACAUUGGCCACUUCAGCCUUCGCUCACACAAGCCAACUACUGAUUGACAAGUCUCUGAAAGGCUGGAAAGAAGUAGAAUAUGAAGUGGUCAGGGAUGCCAAGGAUAACUGCAUAACAGUAUGUAACAUGGAGAAUGUUGACCCACUGGGGAUACACACAGGGGAGUCAAUCGUGGUGGCCCCAAGUCAAACCCUCACCAACAUUGAGUACAACAUCCUGAGAACCACAGCCAUUAAGGUCAUCCGCCACCUAGGGGUGGUCGGAGAGUGUAAUAUACAGUACGCUCUCAACCCACACUCACAGCAGUAUUUUAUAAUUGAAGUAAAUGCACGGUUGUCAAGAAGCUCAGCUUUGGCCAGCAAAGCAACCGGUUACCCCCUUGCUUAUGUGGCAGCCAAAUUGGCUCUGGGUAUCUCUCUUCCUGAACUAAAGAACUCCGUAACCAAUUCAACCACUGCCUGUUUUGAGCCCAGCCUGGAUUACUGUGUUGUGAAGAUACCACGCUGGGACCUCAGGAAAUUCUCCCGUGUUUGUACAAAGAUCGGGAGUUCAAUGAAGAGCGUGGGUGAGGUGAUGGCUGUUGGCAGAAAGUUUGAGGAAGCAUUUCAGAAGGCUCUGCGGAUGAUGGAUGAGACCGUCACAGGGUUUGACCCUUAUCUGGAGAAGGCGUCGGAAAGUGAACUGAGUGACCCUACUGACAAGAGGAUUUUUGUGCUUGCUGCAGCUCUCAAACAGGGCUACUCCAUUGACCGCUUGUAUGAACUGACCAAGAUUGAUCGCUGGUUUCUCCACAAAUUCCACAACAUCAUCAAACAUAUCGACACCAUGGAACAGUUCUCCAAACAGAUGAGCGUGCUGACAAAGGAGAUUUUGUUAACAGCCAAACAGCUGGGCUUCUCUGAUCAGCAAAUAGCAAUUGCUGUUGAAAGUUCUGAGUUGGUUAUUCGUAAGGCUCGCUAUGAUCUGGAAAUCCUACCUUGGGUAAAACAGAUCGACACCGUGGCAGCUGAGUGGCCUGCUAGCACAAACUACCUGUACUUGACAUACAAUGGCUCGACCAAUGACGUUGAGUUUCCUGGCGGGUUCAUCAUGGUUCUCGGCUCGGGGGUGUACAGAAUUGGCAGCAGUGUAGAGUUUGACUGGUGUGCUGUCAACUGCAUCCGAGAACUGAGACGGCUUGGGCACAAGACGAUCAUGGUGAAUUACAACCCUGAGACAGUUAGUACAGACUACGACAUGUGUGACAGGCUGUAUUUCGAUGAAAUCUCUUUUGAGGUUGUCAUGGAUAUAUACUGUCGGGAGGAGCCAGAGGGCAUCAUCUUGUCUGUGGGUGGACAACUGCCCAACAAUAUUGCCAUGCCACUUCACAGACAAGGGGCUGUGAUACUUGGAACCUCCCCAGAAUCUAUUGACAAUGCUGAAAAUAGGUUCAAGUUUUCUCGAAUGUUGGACAACAUGAAGAUGUCGCAACCACAGUGGAGAGAAUUGACAACAAUUGAGAGUGCCACUCAGUUCUGUGAUGAAGUGGGGUAUCCAUGCCUGGUCCGUCCGUCUUACGUGCUGAGCGGUGCGGCUAUGAAUGUGGCGCACACCCACUCAGAUCUGACCAAUUACCUAACUCAAGCCAGUGCGGUCUCUAAGGAACAUCCUGUUGUUAUUUCAAAGUUCAUUUUGGAGGCCAAAGAAAUAGAUGUGGAUGCUGUUGCUAAGGAAGGAGAGGUAAUAUGUAUGGCAGUGUCAGAGCAUGUGGAAAACGCUGGUGUUCACUCAGGGGAUGCAACUCUUGUCACCCCACCCCAAGAUUUGAAUGAAGAGACCCUGGCAAAGAUCAAAGUAAUAGCCUGUGCAAUAGGACAGGCCUUGGAAGUCACUGGACCAUUCAACAUACAGCUUAUUGCUAAGGACAAUCAACUCAAGGUCAUUGAAUGCAAUGUUCGUGUGUCUCGCUCAUUUCCCUUUGUCUCCAAAACACUGGAUUAUGACUUCAUUGCCGCAGCAACUCGUGUCAUCAUUGAUGAGCAUAUUGAGCCAGUGGAUGUUCUGGCUGGAAGUGGAAGGGUGGGGGUCAAGGUGCCGGUGUUCUCCUUCUCACGGCUGCGUGGGGCAGAUGUUCUGCUUGGUGUGGAAAUGGCAAGCACGGGCGAGGUGGCCAGCUUUGGAGAGAACAGAUACGAAGCCUAUCUCAAAGCCCAAAUCAGCACGGGGUUCGUCAUUCCCAAGAAGAACAUUCUCAUCUCCAUUGGCAGCUAUAAGCACAAACUUGAGUUAAUGUCCACUAUCAAAGCACUUAAAGAAAUGGGGUACAAUUUGUUCGCCAGCAUGGGAACUGCAGACUUUUACAUAGAGCAUGGAAUACAGGUGAGUCCAGUUGAUUGGCCGUUUGAGGACACAGGUGAAAACCGAUAUGGUGGUGAACAGAGGACCAUUGCUGACUACCUGGCAGAGAACAUGUUUGACCUUGUGAUUAACUUGCCAUUGCGUAAUGGUGGAACAUACAGGGCGUCGACCUUCAUCACCCAAGGUUACAAGACCCGCAGAAUGGCUGUGGACUACUCUGUGCCUCUUAUUACGGAUAUCAAGUGCGCCAAAAUGCUGGUGGAGGCUUUACGGCAGCUGAAGGGAGCUCCAACAGUGAAGACCCACAUUGACUGUGUCAUGUCUCAGAGGGUUGUCAGGCUACCAGGUCUUAUUGAUGUCCAUGUUCAUGUAAGAGAACCAGGGGCCACCCACAAAGAAGACUGGGCAUCAGCCACAGCAGCUGCUCUGGCAGGGGGGAUAACCAUGAUACUUGCUAUGCCCAACACCAAUCCACCCACCACAGAUCAAGCAGCAUUCAGUCUGACCAAAAAGUUGGCAAGUGCAGGUGCUCGUUGUGAUUAUGGAAUCUUUGUUGGAGCAAGCAGUGACAACUACCAAACUCUGCCCAUGAUUGGGGGAAAAGCUUGUGCCCUAAAGAUGUAUUUGAAUGAAACAUUCACAACCCUGAAGCUCGAUGAUUUAUCAAUUUGGAUGAAGCACUUUGAGAACUGGCCUAAGAAUCUCCCCAUCUGUGCACAUGCAGAAGGCACGACAACUGCAGCUGUGAUUCUAUUGGCUGAGCUUUACCAACGACCUGUCCAUAUUUGUCAUGUGGCCAGAAAAGAGGAGAUCCUGGUUAUCCGUGUUGCAAAAGAGAGGGGACUCCCUGUAACUUGUGAGGUGGCCCCACAUCACCUUUUCUUGACAUCUGACGACAUCAAGGUCAUAAGUCCUGGCAGGGCAAAGGUCAAACCGCCACUGGUCAGUAAGGAGGACCAGCAAGCACUGUGGGAUAAUUUAGACAUCAUUGACUGUUUCGCCACUGAUCAUGCACCACACACUGUUGAAGAGAAAGAUUCACAGAAUGGCCCUCCUGGCUUCCCUGGACUUGAAACAAUGCUCCCUCUGCUGGUCACUGCUGUCAAUGAAGGAAAGUUAACUCUUGAGGAUAUAAUUAUGCGGCUGCACACCAACCCUAAGAACAUCUUCAAUUUGCCUGACCAGCCAGACACUUAUGUUGAGGUGGACCUUGACAGUGAAUGGACGGUACCAGCUGCCAUGCAGUUCACCAAGUCCAAAUGGACGCCAUUUGCAGGCCAUAACUUGUGCGGUCAGGUGAAGCGUGUGGUGUUGAGGGGUGAGGUAGCCUAUAUUGACGGAGAGAUUCUCAUUAACCCGGGAUAUGGGAUGGACUAUCACACAAUAUCACCCACGCUGACCCGAACGUCAUCGUCUGUAGAUCAGUUAACGGUUCAGAUCCCUAGUGUGUCGUACUCCCAACCCUCUUCUGAGCCCAGCAGCCCUCGCAAAUACUCUUCCAUGGACACAAGGUUUCCCAUGCCUCCUAAAACAAGCCGGAAUGUAUCAAUGGAUGGAUAUGGAAAUGCUGCCGACUCAAUUCGUACAUCAAAUGAUCAUCAUGUAAAAGAUGGCAAACCAGAGGCUGCAAAAGAUUUCCACAUGGGGGCCGGGGAUUUCAGGCGUGAAUUGAACUCGACCCCACCACACCCAUCCUUCAUGUCCAUGCUGACAGUGCAUCCCCCUGGGUUACCUCAUCAUACCCCAGGUCUCACUGGGCAGCAUGUAUUACAAGUGCUCAGCCUCACCAAGGAACAGCUCCACAGUUUGUUCAACUUGGCACAUAGUUUCCGAGCAGCAGUGCAGAAAGACCGACCCUUGGAUUAUGUUCUGAAGGGUAAGGUCAUGGCGUCGUGUUUCUAUGAGGUGAGCACGAGGACAUGCUGUUCUUUCACCGCGGCAAUGCAAAGACUGGGAGGCACAGUCAUCACCCUGAACGAGGCCACAUCCAGCGUACAGAAGGGAGAGAGUCUUACUGACACUGUCAUGAUGAUGGCUGGAUACACAGAUGUAAUUGUGAUUCGACAUCCGCAGCCAGGUGCAGUUCAGAUGGCUGCUCGCUACAGUCGCAAACCUGUGAUUAAUGCUGGAGAUGGAAUAGGAGAGCACCCUACCCAGGCCUUACUUGAUGUUUUUACAAUUCGAGAGGAGAUUGGAACAGUUAAUGGUUUGAUUAUCACAAUGGUUGGGGAUCUAAAAAACGGACGUACUGUUCAUUCACUGGCCAAGCUGUUAACACUAUACCGCGUGAAGGUCCGCUACGUCUCACCACCUUCCCUGAAAAUGCCAGAAGAUGUCAGGAAACUACUUGAUUCCAAGGGAAUUCCUCAGGAGGACUUUUCAACAAUUGAAGAGGCUCUUCCUGAUACAGAUGUACUUUACAUGACCCGCAUACAGAAGGAGAGAUUUAACUCCACUGAAGAGUUUAACAGGGUGGCCAACAAGAUUGUCGUCACACCUCAAGUGAUGACAAAGGCCAAGAAGAAGAUGGUCGUCAUGCAUCCUUUACCCCGUGUUUCUGAAAUCAGCACGGAAUUUGACACAGAUCCACGUGCAGCCUAUUUCAGACAGGCCGAAAAUGGCAUGUACGUGAGGAUGGCAUUACUCGCCCUUGUUCUUGGGAAAUAUUAACAGUGAUCUGAUUUGAAGAGCUUUGCGUUGGUGCUGAUAUGACUUAUGAACAUUCCCAGUGUGACAUUAUACACAUUGCCAGUUUUCCAGGGUGUGUUGGGUGUGACUGUUUUCAUAAACAUAUCUUCAUGAAACAUUGUUCCCAGGUUUCGUGUUUACUGUGUUAUGAAUAUACAUCGUCCUGGCAAAUUUUAUGGUUAGCGUAAAUGUCAGUGUAAGUGUAUGCUGGUCUGGUUUAGUAGGAGCUAUGCUAUGAAUUGUAAACUCAAAAGUAGAUGCCCAAACCUGCAUUAUUGGCUGGGAAGAUCAUCGACAUCUAAGUUUGUCUUGGACAGAAAGUUACCAUGAGUGUUCGAUUCCCCGUUGUGAUGCUACACAGUGAUUUCUUUGUCAGCUCCAUGGCAAUUAAGUAUCAAACCAGAAGAAUACAUGUUAUUAUUAACCAGCAAGAAAAGGCUGUUUAAUUUGCAAAAAAAAAAGCAAAAACAUACUGAUAUUGGAAGGUUAAGUGUUCAGUUUGAAACCCUGUGGUGGUUAAUUUUCAAAUUUAGAUGUUUAGUGGAGUAUUUACAUAGCACAUAAAUGAAAUUGCCAUCCACAUUGAAGUCAGUAAUGCUGUAAAGGUGACAGGAACUAACAAGACGAAUUCAGAGGGUUGUCGCAAAUUACUGGAGGCGGAACAGGUCUUUUUUAAGUUCUUCCCAACUCAAGUGUUGAUUUGUCUCGUUAAAAGAAAUCCUUUACACCCAUUGUGGCAAUUUAUUCUUGUACAAGAACAGACAUGCCUGCUUGCUUAUUUGAGGUAAUUUUUGUAAAAUAUAUAUUUCUAUACCUUCCCAUCAUCAAGAAGAAAAAAAACAUCAAAAAAAAAAGCACUGUGAGAAUGAAUCAUGAGGGUGUCUGCUCAGAAUGGUAACCAUGUUUUGUCAGGCUCUAACUCCAGGUUAAUUGUGUGGCAUGAGCACAUAGAUUGUUGUUCACAUCGGAACAUUGUACAUACACACGUGACAUGACAAUUUUCCCUUUGUUGGAAUGCUGAGAUUGGUGGAGUAUUACAAAUUACUAUAUUUUCCCUACAAAUUAUUGUACUGUACAUGUUAAGAGACUUGCGUUCCACUACUGCUUAUUGCCAGGCAAUCAUUUAUUGCUAUCCUUUAUUAUGCAGGGCAUAAUUGCACACGUUAUGGGAAAAGGCAUGUGGGCUCACAAAGUGGAACUGUUUCACACCUGUAUCAAGACGGCCCAAAGCUGUGAACUUAUUAAUUCUUCCCUUUAUUACUUCACAUUUAUCAGUGUAUGUGUGCUCAUAAAACAUAAAUGAAGUAUACAUGCACUGCAACGUCACAGAAAAAAAAUGAUGCCUUAUACUGUCAUUUAGACUUUCUGUUUAGCUUGUCCCUUGAGCCAUUGGGAAAAUAUUAAUGCGAAACUGAAAAGGUGUAACAGGGAGCUGUGAUAUUUAGGGUACUGUGUACUUCACAGUUAACUGGUGUUUCGCCCAGGUCGUACACUGGGAACAAAUAAUUGUCAGUAUUUUUUUAAGUUAACCAAUAUCAAACAGACACCCUUCACUCAUAUUACCCUCAGUGUUCAAACAGUAAAGGACAGGUUAGGAUAUCUGAAAAGUGUAGGUUUUCGAAAAAGUCCCCAGCUGCAAAUUGGGAAUGGGUAGCCCCCGCAGC